CACCGAUUCAGUUUGUGCGGAUGUUGCGACGAAGAUGGAGGAGGCAGCCGCGGUCUGAGGAGAUAAAGAUGCGGAUUAUGGAGGUUUGCGCCGUAUGAUUUUCAAACAGGAAUAUUAAACCCUAAAUGGACAUCAAUGGCAGACAUUUAUCCACAGGACUCCAGCAGCACAGUAUCAUUCGCUUACAAUUCACCGUCCAGUUUUAUUUUUCCCCAAAAUGUCAUUUUAAUAGAUAACGUUACUUGCCUUGAAGAGAAACAGGAAGGUUUUAACGUUACAAUGGGUCGUCAAAUGCUGUGAGCAUAAGGAAUAGAGAGAUGUGGAAAACGGAUGGUUGAUGCUGAUGGUUAAUGCGGGUGAUGGAGAAAACGGAUGAUAAUAAACAGCAGAGCGAAUGUCCUUUAGUGCUUCGUUUUUCAUUGGCAUAGUUUGCGUUAUGACGUCACGGUAGAUCAGUCGGACGCAGGAAUAAACGAACAAAUUUCAAAGCAUUGAAAGAUGAAAGUGCAUCAAGUCGUUGUGUAUUCAUGGGCAUUAUUGGCUCUUCUGCCGGUCACCUUUUCUGGUGGCAGUUCUGGCGCAGUGCUACUGCGCGUCCCCCUGCGGCAGGGGCCGCUCUCACAGCCUGCGGCCCCCAGGGUCUCCUCUCGACCUGUCCGGAGACGGAGAGGAGCAGGUGGAAUUAAUUUUAUAAACAUGAUCGACAAUCUCAGAGGAAAGUCAGGACAAGGCUAUUACAUCGAAAUGGCUGUGGGCACACCGUCGCAGAAGUUGAACAUCUUGGUGGAUACAGGCAGCAGUAAUUUUGCAGUGGGUGCUGCCGCUCACCCAUUUCUGCACAGAUAUUAUCACCGCUCGCUGUCUACAUCUUACAGAGACCUGGGCCGCAGUGUUUAUGUGCCAUACACACAGGGCCGCUGGGAAGGGGAGCUUGGCACAGACCUGGUGUCGGUUCCUCAUGGACCCAACGUUUCUCUAAGGGCCAAUAUUGCUGCCAUCACCCAGUCUGAUCGCUUCUUCAUCAAUGGAUCUAACUGGGAAGGCAUUCUAGGAUUGGCCUAUGCAGAGAUCGCCAGGCCGGACGAGAUGCUGGAGCCGUUCUUCGACUCUCUGUUGAGACAGACCAGCGUUCCAGACGUCUUCUCAUUACAGCUUUGUGGAGCAGGAUUCACUCAGAACUACACUUCAGGCAGUUCAACUGUAGGGGGCAGUAUGAUCAUUGGGGGAAUAGAUCCAUCAUUACAUGUCGGUGAUCUGUGGUACACACCCAUCAGACGGGAAUGGUAUUAUGAAGUCAUCAUAGUGCGCAUUGAAGUUAAUGGACAGGACCUCAAUAUGGACUGCAAAGAAUAUAACUAUGAUAAAAGUAUCGUGGACAGCGGCACUACAAACCUGCGUCUCCCACGCAAGGUGUUUCAAGCUGCUGUGAAGGCCAUCGAAGCUGCCUCAUCGACUGAACAGUUUCCCUCAGGUUUUUGGCUGGGAGAGCAGCUGGUAUGUUGGCAGACUGGCACAACACCCUGGCACAUCUUCCCCGUCAUCUCUCUCUAUCUGAUGAGUGAGAACAGAAACCAAUCUUUCCGCAUCUCCAUUCUGCCACAGCAGUACCUGAGGCCGGUGGAGGACGUGGCUUCAGCACAAGAGGACUGUUAUAAAUUUGCUGUGUCUCAGUCCAGCACUGGGACAGUAAUGGGUGCUGUUAUCAUGGAGGGCUUUUACGUAGUGUUUGAUCGGGAACACAAACGCAUCGGCUUCGCUGUUAGCACGUGUCACGUCCACGAUGAGUUUCGUACGGCGUCAGUGGAGGGUCCGUUUCAUGGCGUUGACCUGGAAGACUGCGGCUACAACGUCCCUCAAACCGACGAGUCAACGCUUAUGACCAUCGCCUACAUUAUGGCGGGCAUAUGUGCCCUAUUUAUGCUGCCCUUGUGCCUCAUGGUCUGUCAGUGGCGUUUUACCCGCUGCCUUCACCCACUGGGUGCUGGAGACUUUUCUGACGACAUAUCCCUACUGAAGUGAGCCAUAUCUAAACAAAGGGCGAUUACCUUGUUUGCAUCAAUGAAAACGCCUCACAGAACGUGAAAACACUGGCGAGACCACAACAAUUUUAACUAUGUAUGUUAUAUGUGCACACACCCUUAAUCCUAAUGGGCUUGAAAGGAUUUUGUACCCUUUGUUCCUGUUUGAGUAUAUGUGAUAUGUGAACGACCCCUUAUCUUACAAAGUUUUAAGUGUGCAUAGCUGUCCUGGGACUGCUUAAGUCAAGUAUACGUGAGUGUGUGUAUGUCUGUUAUUGAGAGCAAGACAAGAGUUUGUGCACUACUAAGAUGUCAUACACUAUACUAUACUAAUAAUUGGGCAUCAGCAAAUAUGAAGUAUAAUGUUGAGAACACAUUUUUGGCUCCUAUAUGACUUAACAUAACAUAACAGUCAUACAAUAUGAGGAACUCAUAUUACAGUGAAUUACUAUGACAUGAUCUUGUAUAAUUAAAAGCUUACAGUAAAUAGACUAUGUUAAAUCAUUAUUAUGAUUUAUAGAAAUGACUGGCAGUGGGUGAAUCUCAAGAAACCUGUCAAGAACAAAACUUAAAGAAUUAUAUUUAGCUUAAAGCCCAUUCAUUACACCAUUAAAAUGUAAGCAUUUUCCCCACAAUAAUGAUGAUUUUAAAUUAUUUACAUUGUACAAUUUUUAUGGUAAUUUUAAUGGUGUUUUACCUUAUAUUUUUGUAUCAUUACUUUUUUACUGUCCAAAAAAAGUAAAAAUGUAAUACAGUGAAUACAAACUACUGUAAUAAAUGUUUUUCUUUUAAUUUUAAGAAAUGACAUCUGGACACGAUUUUGUGAGAUUCACCCCAAAAGUAAUUUAAAUUAUGUAACAAAUAUGCAUCAGCUUUUACAUUAUUUAUCUGAACAAGUAUGGAAUAGUAACGCUAACACCACAAGUCUGAAUAUGAUUACAUUCAUACACUCACAGUUAGUUGCACCCUAAUAAAUGCUCCUAAAAUGACUGCUGCUUUUUCUUACCCACAUAAUAACUGACAUGUAUUAGGACAAACACAUAUUCAAUUGCAUUGUCCUAACUAAAACUUCAGAAUUAAACCCUAGUUUUAAGUGUAACAAAGAAAAUCCAGUUGGCAGCUCUAAAACAUUUAAUAAAAAUGUGUAAUAAACCAG